GUUCCUGGAGGCAGAUCCAGGGGAAGAUUCCUUGACCAUUUCCCAGAGGGAAAUCGCCGACGCCGUCGACAUCGCCAGUGCAUCCAAACACUUUGAGCUGCGCCUGGAGCAGUUUGGGCCUUACAGAUUGGACUACACCAGGAAUGGGAGGCACCUUGCGCUCGGGGGUCGCCGUGGACACCUCGUGGCCAUGGAAUGGCACACGAAGAAACUUCUGUGCGAGAUCAACGUCCUGGAGAGCCUGACAGACCUGGCCUGGCUGCACACGGAGUCUCUCCUGGCGGUCGCCCAGCGCCGUUGGCUUCACGUCUACGACAGCCAAGGGCUGGAGAUCCACGUCCUCAAGAGCUUCCCACGCGUCCUGCGCCUCCAGUUCCUGCCCUACCACUUCCUGCUCGUGGCCGCCAACGAGUCGGGAUUCCUGCAGUACUUGGACAUUUCCGUGGGGAAGGAGGUGGCCACCAUCAACACGCGUGGCGGUCGCUUGGCUGUCAUGGCCCAGAACCCGACCAACGCCGUCAUCCACCUGGGGCACAGCAACGGAACCGUGUCCCUGUGGACUCCCAACGUUCCGGAGCCGGUGGUUCGGCUCCUCGCCCACCGCGGCUGUGUCCGAGCCCUCUCCGUCGACCACAGUGGCAGGUUGAUGGCAACAUCAGGGUUGGACAGGAAGGUGAAAAUUUGGGAUCUGAGGAAUCUGGAGAUCCUGCAGGAAUGGCAACUGCCCCUGGGAGCGUCAGAGCUGAGCUUCAGCCAGAGAGGAGCUCUGGCUGCUGCCUCGGGGGACCUGGUGCAG